GGGAGAAGCAGGGACUCACUCAGAGGGAAAGUUUGUUACUAUGAAACUUAGGAAUAUUUACAAAAUAUAUACAAAAUUAUCAAAAUCCCUCGUGCAUCAAUAACUUGCCCCAAGGGUGCCAGGCUUUAGGCGUAGUUUUCCCGGAAUGGGCUUCUAUACUCACUAUUCUUACACUUUUUUGAAAGAAUGUGUGAGACAGACAGUUAGCCAGCCAGCUAGCUAGCUAGCUAGCUGAGAGGUGAGACAGGCGGCAGGAGAACAAAAGAUUUUUUUGCGUUUUGGCCGGUUGUACUGACACCAAGUCCAUGCAGAACGCGUCAUUACCACCACAAUGCCCGUUUUACUUUUUCUGAUAGACACGUCCGCUUCAAUGAACCAGCGCACCCAUCUGGGCACUACCUAUCUGGACAUAGCAAAAGGCGCUGUUGAGACUUUUAUGAAGCUCAGAGGGAGAGAUCCGGCGAGCCGAGGGGACCGGUAUAUGUUGGUAAAUUUUGAGGACUCUCCGUUCGGGAUAAAGGCCGGAUGGAAAGAGAGCCAUGCCACUUUCAUGACAGAGCUGAGGAACCUCCAAGCAACCGGACUCACAACAUUUGGCCAGUCCUUGAGGACAGCCUUUGAUUUACUAAAUCUCAAUAGACUAGUCACUGGGAUAGACAACUAUGGCCAGGGGAGGAAUCCUUUCUUCCUCGAACCUGCCAUCAUAAUUGCAAUUAGCGACGGCAACAAGUUGACGGGCGGCAGCGGCGUGCAAGACGAGCUCCACCUGCCUCUGACCACCCCUCUGCCAGGGAGCGAGCUGACCAAGGAGCCCUUUCGCUGGGACCAGCGACUGUUUGCCCUGGUGUUGCGUAUCCCCGGCAACGCCUCGGUGGAGCCAGAGCCUCUCGGCGGUGUCCCGCCCGAUGAUUCUCCCAUCACACCCAUGUGUGAGGUCACUGGAGGCCGUUCCUACAGUGUUUUUUCCCAGCGCAUGUUGAAUCAGUGUUUGGAGUCUCUAGUGCAGAAAAUCCAAAGCGGCGUGGUGAUAAACUUCGAAAAGACCGGACCUGACCCCCCUCCACUAGAAGACGCUCCAGCCGAGGCGCUGAAGUCCGGUCUGCAGCCUUGGCACUGCUGUCACAAGCUCAUCUACGUACGACCCAACCCUAAAACCGGCGUCCCCAUUGGUCACUGGCCCAUCCCUGAGGCCUUCUGGCCAGACCAGAACUCUCCAACACUACCGCCCCGCUCAGCCCACCCCCAGGUCCGGUUCUCCUGUGUGGACGCUGAGCCCAUGGUGAUAGACAAGGUGCCCUUCGACAAGUACGAGCUGGAGCCUUCGCCGCUAACGCAGUACAUUCUGGAGAGGAAAUCCCCUCACACCUGCUGGCAGGUGUUUGUAAGUAACAGUGCCAAGUACAGUGACCUGGGUCAACCUUUUGGUUAUCUAAAGGCUAGCACAGCUCUCAACUGCGUCAACCUGUUUGUAAUGCCCUACAACUACCCUGUCCUCCUGCCACUUCUGGAUGACUUGAUUAAAGUGCACAAGUUCAAGCCCACUCUGAAAUGGCGGCAGUCCUUUGAGAACUACUUGAAGACCAUGCCUCCUUAUUAUAUCGGGUCCCUCAGAAAGGCGCUGAGGAUAAUGGGCGCGCCAAACCUCCUGGCUGAGAACAUGGAGUACGGGCUGAGCUACAGCGUCGUGUCCUACCUGAAGAAGCUCAGUCAGCAGACAAAGAUCGAGUACGACCGCCUGAUCGCCUUGAUCGGGAAGAAACCCUCUCCGGAGCCUGGCAUCAAGGUGCGAUGGCGGGGCUGCGGCAUCUCGCUGGCGCAGAGACGGGACUUCAUCCAGCAGCUGCAGAGUCUCACAGGAGAGCCUCCCACUCUGCCUCUGGAGCUCAACCCCAAAGAGUUUCAGGUCUUCCACUUGGCACUGCUCAACAAAGGUCUGAAGCCUCAGAGCUUUAGAAAUCCCUACGACAUCCCACGCAGUCACUUGCUCGAUCAGCUCAGCCGAAUGAGGAGGAACCUGCUCAACACCACCGUCUGCACCUUAAGAGGGCAGGACUCCGACCAGCUGCACAGCGUGCCAAUCGCCCAGAUGGGAAACUACCAAGACUUCCUUAAAUCUGCCCCCCAGCCACUCCGAGACGCAGAUCCCGAACAGCCUAAGCGUUUGCACACCUUCGGAAACCCCUUCAAACUGGACAAGAAGGGCAUGAUGAUCGACGAGGCGGACGAGUUUGUGACCGGCCCGCAGAACAAGGGCAAGCGACCUGGAGAGAGCAGCAACAUGCCGGGCGGUGGUCCGAAGAGACGCCGCUGCAUGUCGCCCCUGCUGCGUCUGGGCCGGGCCUACACGCCUCCGGUGACGCCGCCCGCCAGCCCACAACACUCGACAGAUACGGACUUGAAUGACGGCGCAGAACCUGAACUUAUAAUCAACCACCUGAAUCAAAACCACUACAGCCUCGACGCAAACUCCGACCCUGAGGUGGAUCACCCGUCGGGGCCCGCCGACCUCCAGGAGAACCACACCUCCGCCGACCCGCAGCUUCUCCGGCACAAGGACGAGGAGGAGAACGGGAUGCCCGGGUCGUGCGAGCCGCCGGGUGGCGAUGGAGGGGUGGAGAUUGUGCUGAUGGAGGACCAGACGACCCGCUUCCUGUCGCCCGCCGCCCUGAAGAAGCACAUUCACGGCGAGACGACGAAGGUCAACAGCGAGCUGAGGGUGCUGAUCACCAAGGAGAUCAGAAAACCUGGCAGACACUACGAGAAGAUCUUCCUCCUCUUGAAGCAGAUCCAGGGAACGUUGGACACUCGGCUCAUUUUCCUCCAAAACAUCAUCAAAGAGGCCGCCAGGUUUAAGAAGAGAGUUCUCAUCGAGCAGCUGGAAAACUUCCUCGAGGAAAUACACAACCGAUCCAACACCAUGAACCACGUGGACAUGCUCUGAGACCAACUCAAACUGCACAGACUAAUAAUAAUAACAAUAAUAAUAAUAAUAAACUCCAUAACCCUCCCCAUCCCUGUGGAAACAACCACUCCCCUCCACCUCAACCAAGACCCAAAGAGUCCAGGAUCUGGAAUACCGAGAUACCGGGUAUCAAGACGGGAGCGAUCGCAUCUCAUGAACGGGGUGGAGUUGAAGACUUUUUUUUUUUUUUUCCCUGGAAGGAUCUGACGACGAUGAGUGUGAUGUUCAGUCUUCUCUCUUUUUUUCCUGUGAAGAUGUGGCGGACGGAGUUCAGUCUGAGCGUUGCGUGUUUUCAGAUAUCUCAGGGUCGAAAGGGAUCCAGUGAAGAUGUUUUUAUUUCCCUUCCACAUUCAUUUCUUUUCCAUACCCCCACCACCCCCCCUCCACAACGCAGCGUAGUAGGUAUUACUCUCUUACGUUUCUGAUUGCGAGGGGGUGACGAGAGGAAAACCGAUUUGUUCCAGUCGAAUUUCUGCACUCCACCGACCAGAGCACUCCGCUACUCGGCUGUCGAACAGACAGAAUUUGAUUUCAAGGUCGCCGUAGUCGAUUAAUUUUAUCGACGUAGUGAUUUAGGCGUCUGCAAAGUUGGCGGUUUUUAAGGAUCCGUUAAACCUAGAAAGGUUUGUUCUGCGAAGCAGAGUUACAGCAAACUAAAUGCAAAGGAAGGUCAUGAAAACAGGGACAAAAAGCUCAGGAAGCGUCAUUAAUGCAUCAGCGUCAGCAAUAACAUCGAGUCCCCUCCCCCACCUAUUUAUUUAAGCCCCGAAAGGGCCGAUAUGCAACGUGAGCUGUCGUCUGCUGGAAGCAAUGAUGAAGUGGGGUCUUGGUUGCUGCCAAAUUACUGAACAAACCCCCAUCAACAGCCCCCGUCUCCCCUUCUCUGCCACGGAUCUCAAACCAACUUCUUGUUGCUUCAUCACAAUUGCACUUGUGUAAAUUUGAGAAUUAUUAUUUAAUGUAAUUUAAAAGAGGAAAACAUUUUUGUUGUUGCAAUUUCUGAGAAAGAAUGGGACUCCAUAUUCGGCGUUCUCAGAUGUACACAAAUAGACCCUCGUUUUGGGUCCAGAGGUCAAAAGUUGAUUUCCGAAUCCAGUGGCUCCCCUCUUCUUCCGCAAACCCUCCCCGGACAGGGACCAAAAUCUGCCAUACUUGUCUUUUAUGUGUGAAGAGGCCGCUACCAAAAGAGUAUUUUGAAUACGCUGUAAAGAUGUAAAUAACCCUAGAGUACUAUUUAAAAGAAAAAAAGAAAUGUUCAGUGGAAAAAAUGGCCUUUUUGUAAGUAUUUCCAUAAAUAAAGUUUCUAUUUUACACUGUGAAGGGCCAUGUAAAUAAAGUGUUCCAUAAA